AUGGCGGCUUGGGGCCCGGCCGCGGCAGCGCCUCUGCUCCGCAGGAUCUGCGCGUUCCCUCUUCUGCAUCGUGUCCAGCGGAUGUUUGCCUCCCAGACUGAGGGGGAGCUCAGAGUAACCCAGGUCCUCAAGGAGAAGUUUCCUCGGGCCACGGCCGUCAAGGUCACUGACAUCUCAGGAGGCUGUGGGGCGAUGUAUGAGAUCCACAUCGAGUCAGACGACUUCAAGGAGAAGAGAACGGUGCAGCAGCACCAGAUGGUGAACCAGGCCCUGAAGGAAGAGAUCAAAGGGAUGCACGGCCUGCGGAUAUUCACCUCUGUCCCCAGACGCUGA